CUGUCCCGUGGCUAGGGGACGCGGCCAGAGCUUCUGACGGCAGGCGGUGGGGCGGAUCCGUCGGCAGUCCUGCCACUCGCCCGAUCAUCGCCCUUCGUCCCGACCCCUCAGCAUCUCCCCCGCUAUGUCUGUGGCCGGGCUGAAGAAGCAGUUCCACAAAGCCACUCAGAAAGUGAGUGAGAAGGUUGGAGGGGCCGAAGGAACCAAGCUAGAUGAGGACUUCAAAGAAAUGGAGAGGAAAGUGGAUGUCACCAGCAGGGCAGUGAUGGAAAUAAUGACUAAAACAAUAGAAUAUCUUCAACCCAACCCAGCUUCCAGAGCUAAACUCAGCAUGAUAAACACAAUGUCAAAGAUCCGAGGCCAAGAGAAAGGACCAGGCUAUCCUCAGGCUGAAGCCCUGCUGGCAGAAGCUAUGCUGAAAUUCGGAAGAGAACUUGGAGAUGAAUGCAACUUCGGCCCAGCCCUUGGUGAUGUGGGGGAAGCUAUGAGGGAACUCUCUGAGGUGAAAGAUUCUUUGGACAUGGAAGUGAAGCAGAACUUCAUUGAUCCUCUCCAGAAUCUCCAUGAUAAGGAUCUGAGAGAAAUACAGCACCACCUAAAGAAGUUAGAGGGUCGUCGUCUGGACUUUGAUUACAAGAAGAAGCGACAAGGCAAAAUUCCAGAUGAGGAGCUGCGCCAAGCCCUGGAAAAAUUUGAUGAAUCGAAAGAAAUUGCGGAGUCGAGCAUGUUCAAUCUCCUGGAAAUGGAUAUUGAGCAGGUGAGCCAGCUUUCUGCCCUUGUGCAAGCCCAGCUGGAAUACCACAAGCAGGCAUCUCAGAUUCUGCAACAAGUUACCGUCAGGCUGGAAGAAAGAAUAAGAGAUGCUUCAUCUCAGCCCAGGAGAGAAUAUCAGCCCAAACCCCGUAUGAGCCUUGAUUUUUCAACUGGGGACAAUGCCCAGCAUAAUGGAGGGCUUUCCCACACUGGCACUCCUAAACCAACAGGUGUCCCGAUGGAUCAGCCCUGCUGCAGAGCCCUGUAUGACUUUGAUCCUGAGAAUGAAGGGGAAUUGGGGUUCAAAGAGGGUGAUGUCAUUACUCUCACCAACCAGAUUGAUGAGAACUGGUAUGAGGGAAUGCUGCAUGGCCAGUCUGGCUUCUUUCCCAUCAACUAUGUGGAUAUUCUGGUUGCUCUGCCCCAUUAGGAUGGUAGACAAGCUAGCUGGCGUGCUAACUAACCAACUCUUGACCCAUAUAGUUAAGUUUUAUACCACUGCUUUGGAAAUGCUGCUUUAUGAUACAUCCCAAGUGCAAACCGCAGUGGUAAAAGUCAUCGAGUCCCACUGAGCAUAUUUGGUUGCUAUAUGAUGAGGUCCUGCAUGGUGAUGGUGAUGGGUGAUGUCUUCUCAACCCGCAUGGCUUGCCCCGGGUUGGUGCUCGCUGUAUCACUGCGCACCAAUGUUUCCUCAGCUCUGUGGAAACAGUGGUGCCCAAAUAGACACGUCAUGCCGUACAGUAAUCUCACCACAGGGAAGAUAAUGCCUAUCACCACACAUUCAUUUUUAAGUCUUAGCUCUCCAUGGAAAGAGGAGGAAGUUAUUACCAUUCCUAUUUUCCCCUCCCACGGAAACGGUUCAUACUGGUUUAAUAUUGCCUCACCAGCACUGUGUCUUCUGAUCCGAAUGCAUUUGUGUCUUGUUGCUCUCAGCAGAAAAAGUACACUGUUGGUCCUAAGUGUUCUCUGAAAAGGAACUGCCAUCAUAUUCAUUGUUGAUGUGCAGCCCGACUUUCUCUUCUAAGGUGUUUGAGAAAAGCCCGAUUUGAUUUCCAGGUAAAAGACUAUCAGAAGAUAAAGAAAUACCGAACUAGGAGUUCUCAGUAAGAGGGUUAGGUUGCAAACUUCAUUUUGCUUGCUUGCAGAAACCGUGCAUGUGAUCAAAAUAUUUCUGCAAUAUAGAUGGGGAGGAGAAAGAAAUGUGAACCUAAGUUUGAUUUAUGUAUUCUAUGUGAAGUUUUGGCACAGAGUCUCACAGGAAAAGCACCAGGAACUCUGUGUACACUCAUUUAUAGACCAAGAAAAAAACGGUAACUAUUUUUUGCUUUCAUUUUCACCUUGUGUUCUUCGAACAUCAUUUGUGCGUAUUCUGCCCUCAAUGAGGACUAAAUAAAGAUGAUUUUUGUGCUGAGCAACUCAAGACGUCUGGCUAAAUAUGCAGAAAUGUUACCCAGUUAGAUUAUUUUACUCCUUCCCUCUUCCUUCUUCGUUUUGUGUGUAAAGUGCUGUGUGUAGCCUAUCAGCAUUCUUUCUGAAACAGUCGUAAAAGUCCUCUUAGUCUAGUUAUUCAGAGUUCUAUUUAUCUAAACUGUACAGACCCUUUCAGAGGUUUAUUGUGCUGCUUUGGAUGUGCCACUUCAGUACUGGAUCAUGUGAGAUAAAAGGCAAAUCCUGCUUAAUGUAAAAACUAUUCCAUGGAAAGUCUUGAUGUUUCCAAUAAACAGUGCUGACAAAGUAA